CGUAUGCGGCGCGCACACUCGCACGGCGCGCACACGUAUGCGGCGCGCACACUCGCACGGCGCGCACACUCGCACGGCGCGCACACUCGCACGGCGCGAACAGCGCGAAUCUGUAACGACUUAACGCGCAAUCUGGACUCGUAAAACGCAGCAAAAUGAGCACCGGCAAUGCAGUAUAGGCACAUUUUUAUCGCCCGGAGAUCCGACAGCGCCAUAAAGAUAGGCGAUAAUCCACGAGAUCGCGCCUUUGGAGCUGCGAGUAAAGGUCAAACCGAGCGCGUCUCCCCCUCUAUACGCGCGCCGUUAUAUAUUUAUUUGCCUCCUUAAGGCGAGACGCGCCACUCCGCUCGGUUCACACGCUGCCCUCCCCUCCACACCCUCGAAGCAAGCGUAUCCACGCCGGUGAUCCCGAGCUUCCUCGUCACUCGGGAGAGAGGGGGGUUGUGUGUCAAUGAUGUCCCUCGCCCGGGUCCUGCCGCUCCUGGUGGGGCUGGCGACCGCGAGUCGCGCCGCACUGGAAUUCGGGCUCCUUCCCGGCGACUAUUCCCAGGAUGAGACGGGCGCAGAGCAAUUUCUCGCCGAUUACAACGACACGGCCGAGGGGGUGCUGUACGAGAGCGUGCUGGCCAGCUGGAACUACAAUACCAACAUCACAGAAGAGAAUCAAAACCUGCAGGUGGCGGCAAGUUUGAAGGAGCAGGAGUUCACGGAAGCUUGGGGGCAGAAGGCCAAGGAUCUCUUCGGUAACAUCUCGCAUGGGUUCAAUGAAACGAAUAAACGUUUACUUGAACAAAUCAGGAUUCUGGGCAGCGCCAACCUCGACAUCACAGAAAGAGAAGAGUACAAUCGACUGCUAUCCGAUAUGGACGCGAUCUACAGCACGGCCAAAGUGUGCAAACCCGGGCAGACAAGCGGGUCAGACUGUGCACCCUUGGAUCCAACCAUCACGGACAUCCUGGCGACGUCGCGGAGCUACAAGAAGCUGCUCUACUACUGGGAGGGCUGGCACAACGUGGUGGGCCGGCCACUCCACAGCAAGUACGCUCGCUUCGUCAAGCUCAGCAACGCCGCCUCGCAGCUCGACGACUUUGCGGACACGGGGGAAUACUGGCGCUCAUGGUACGAGUCGGCCACCUUCCGUGAUGACCUGGAGCGCAUCUACGAGGAGCUGAAGCCGCUCUACCUCAACCUGCACGCGUACGUGCGGCGCAAGCUGCACCAGCACUACGGGGAGAAGUUCGUCAACCUCAAGGGGCCCAUCCCCGCUCACCUGCUCGGCAACAUGUGGUCCCAGCAGUGGAAUAACAUCUUUGACAUGGUGGUCCCCUACCCCGGCAAGACCAGCGUGGACGUUACAGACACCAUGUUGGAGCAGGGAUGGAACGCCACUCACAUGUUCCGCAUCUCCGAGAAUUUCUUCAAAGACCUGGGCCUCUUGGAGAUGCCCCCAGAGUUCUGGAGUGGCUCCAUGCUGGAGAAGCCCACAGACGGGCGCGAGGUCGUGUGUCACGCCUCCGCCUGGGACUUCUACAACCGCAAGGACUUCCGGAUCAAGCAGUGCACCAUACCAACGAUGGAGCAGCUCUUCACGGUGCACCACGAGAUGGGCCACAUCGAGUACUAUCUGCAGUACAAGGACCAGCACGUGUCCUUCCGCGGCGGCGCCAACCCCGGCUUCCAUGAGGCCAUCGGCGACGUGCUGUCCCUCUCCGUGUCCACGCCCAAACACCUGAAGACCAUCGGCCUACUGGACGCCGACUAUGUCGAGGACCCAGAGAGUGAUAUCAACUACCUGAUGAAGAUGGCACUGGAAAAGAUCGCCUUCCUGCCCUUUGGCUACCUCAUCGACCUGUGGCGGUGGGACGUCUUUAGCGGGAAGACCCCUCCCGAGCGCUACAACCAGGACUGGUGGAAUCUCAGGACCAAGUACCAGGGGAUCUGUCCCGGCGUCCCCAGGAAGAGCACGGACUUUGAUGCCGGUGCCAAGUUUCACAUCCCCGGAAACACGCCCUACAUCAGGUACUUUGUGAGCUUCAUCAUCCAGUUCCAGUUUCAAAAGGCGCUGUGCACGGCUGCUGAGGACAAGGGGCCCCUGUAUAAGUGCGACAUCGACAAGAAUCCGGCCGCGGGCGAUCUCCUUCGGAAGGCCAUGCAGAUGGGCUCCAGCCGCCCGUGGACCGAGGUGAUGAAGGAAAUAACGGGCACGGAGAAAAUGAGCGCCCAACCGCUCAUCGAGUACUUCCAGCUCAUCAUCGACUGGCUCGAGAAGGAAAACGUCAACGAGACGCUGGGCUGGCCCGAAUUUGCGUGGGUGCCGCCGGUGCCGGAUGACUACCCCGGGAACCUGGAUAAAAUCACCGAUGAGACCCAAGCGAUAGCUCUGUUGGGGGAGUACAACACUACCGCAGAGAAAUAUUGGUCGGAGUACAACGAGGCGUCAUGGACCUACAACACUGACAUCACGGAGGAGCACGACAAGCUGGUGCAAGAAGCCAACUUGCGGAUGGCCAACCACUCCCUCUACUUCGGACGAGAGGCUCUCCUUUACGACUGGUCCAACUUCCAGGAUGAGGGCGUCACACGGCAGCUGAAGAAGAUCAGCCAGAUUGGCACAGCCGCGCUUCCUGAGACUGAGCUCAAAGAGUACAACGAGAUCGUCUCGCGGAUGGAGACCGCGUACAGUGUUGCCAAAGUGUGCCAAGGCGAAACGUGCAUUCCCCUCGAUCCCGACAUCACGGCCAUCAUGGCGGAGUCGAGGAACUACGACGAGCUGCUCUACUACUGGCAGGGCUGGCGCGACGCGUCCGGGCGCAAGAUGCGGAAAGACUACGUGCGCUACGUGGAGCUCAGCAACCAGGCCGCGAUAGCAAACGGGUUUCCGGACAACGGCGCGCAGUGGCGUUCCGCGUAUGACACCGAGACGUUUGAGGCCGACCUGGAGCGCAUCUACGAGGAGCUGAAGCCACUCUACCUCAACCUGCACGCGUACGUGCGGCGCAAGCUGUACCAGCACUACGGGGAGAAGCACAUCGACCUCAAGGGGCCCAUCCCCGCUCACCUGCUCGGAAACAUGUGGGCCCAAAGCUGGAACAACCUGAACAGCCUGGUCGCGCCCUUCCCGAACGCACCCUCGGUGGACGCCACGCCCGCCAUGCAGGCACAGAAAUGGACAGCUAAGAUGAUGUUCAACGUGUCGGAUGAAUUCUUCACGUCUCUGGGGAUGAUUCCAAUGCCGCAAGAAUUCUGGGACAAGUCCAUGCUGGAGAAGCCCACGGACGGGCGCGAGGUCGUGUGUCACGCCUCCGCCUGGGACUUCUACAACCGCAAGGACUUCCGGAUCAAGCAGUGCACGGUGGUGACGAUGGACGACCUGGUGACGGUGCACCACGAGAUGGGCCACGUGCAGUACUUCCUGCAAUACAAGGAGCAGCCAGUGCCGUUCCGCGACGGUGCCAACCCCGGAUUCCACGAGGCCAUCGGCGACGUCAUGGCGCUGUCCGUGGCGACGCCAAAACACCUCAAGGAGAUCGGGCUUUUGGAAACGGUGGAGGACAACUUGGAGAGCGACAUCAACUUCCUGUUGAGCAUGGCCCUGGACAAGAUUGCCUUCCUGCCGUUUGGGUUCCUCAUGGAUCAGUGGCGCUGGAAGGUGUUCGACGGACGCAUUCCCACCGAGGACUACAACAAAGAGUGGUGGAACCUCAGGAUGAAGUACCAGGGUCUGUGCCCUCCCGUGGCCAGGACGGAGGACGAUUUUGAUCCAGGAUCAAAAUUCCACAUUCCGGCCAGCGUGCCCUACGACAGGUAUUUUGUGAGCUUCGUCAUCCAAUUCCAGUUCCAGGAAGCGUUAUGCGCCGCUGCGGGCCAGCUAGGAGACCUGCACAAGUGUGACAUCUACAAAUCCAAAGACGCCGGGGAGAAGCUUGCGAAGGUAAUGCAGUUGGGAUCCAGUCGGCGGUGGCAGGAAGCCAUGGAGAUGAUCACAGGGCAACAGAGCAUGUCGGCCGCAGCCCUCCUCAAGUACUUCAAGCCGCUCACCGACUGGCUUGUGACAGAGAACGAGAAGAACGGAGAGGUGCUCGGCUGGCCCAAUUACGAGUGGCGUCCCUAUGCCGGCAGCGCCGCAGGCCCCACAAGCCCCACAGGCACCGCAGGCACCGCAGGCCCCACAGUCAAGCCAGAAGUGCGCGUGGACUUCUUGGGCCUGGACCUGAGCCAGGGAGAGGCGACGGCGGGGCAGAUCGCGCUGCUGGUGCUCGCGCUCGUCUUCCUGGUCGGCCUCAUUGCCCUGGCAAUCCUCUACUUCCGCAAGCCCAAAACCAAGAGCAAAUCUCAUAUGUAGUGCAGGUCCUACUUCUGCUUUAAGACUUAAUUUGGGGGAAAUUCUAAUUCUAGGCCUUAUGGAGGAAGACUCACGAUUUACAGCAUCCACUGCAAUCUUUUAAAAACACUACCAAGUUUCACGUUAACAUUGUAAUUUGGUAAACUGUAAAAAGCAUAGACUCUUGUAAGUAUACAAUGAGACGAAUAAGCAAUUUGAAUGCCACGCCAACUUACUAUUUAAAAAUCCAACAUCAUUAAAAUAAACACUACUCCCUUUUGUUUAACUUGGCACUGCUCAUUGGACCCAAAAACUACAUUGGACUUCAGCGGCUGCAAACACGCCAUCAUGAACGAGCGCAACAGAAAAUACCGGGAAACAUUUUUACCAUGUUCCAGGCACUUACUUUAAGGUUUGGCAACUUCUCUUCAUAGUGUGGGAGCAUUUGAAAAAAAUCAAGAUGUAAAUAAAUUUUAUAAUACAUCCUUUAAAA